GAGUUCCUAAACGCAACAUGUAACCAAACAGAUGCCACCUUGGAUCAGCAACACAGUUCAUACUAGGACGCUUAGGGCGCUAGCCUGAGUGGAGGAGACAAAUUUUGUGUCAGACGUUGAGAAGAAGAAAAAAAAAAAGAAAAAAAAAACGCAAAAAAGACGGCCCGUACUGUGCACCAACAACUAAGUCAUUAUUCAAAAGAAAACCAACAAUCAUCUUACAUAGGCGGUUAGUUUACCAGACAUCGCUAUGGCCCAGGAGACCAAUCAGAGCCCAGCUCCUAUGCUCUGUGCUAACGGCUGUGGUUUCUAUGGCAACCCUAGGACUAAUGGCAUGUGCUCUGUUUGCCACAAGGAGCACCUGUCACGACAGAACAAUGGAGGAGUCAGUUCCCUGACUGCUGUGGGGAGCAGCGGUGGCCCCACGGUUGAGGCUUCAGCAAUCCAGAGGUUAGAGGCCACCUUGAAUAAUGCUGCAGCAGCGGCCGUGGCUGCAGCAGAGGUUGCAGCUGAGGCGGCAGCUUCAGCCAAGGCUGCUGCAACUGAAACUCUCAGUGAGAUGUCAACACCAGUUUCUAUAACAAAAAAAAUGGCUGAGAUGAAUUUCUCGUCAGAGGACAAAGGAGCGUCGGGAAGCAAAGCAGAACUUGCAGACUCUAUGGGGAGUCAGACGACAGUGACAACUAUUCAUCCUUCCACUGCUGGCAGUGAAGACUCCCAAGACCCAGAGCCACCCAAACCCAAGAAGAACCGUUGUUUUAUGUGCCGCAAAAAGGUUGGCCUUACAGGUUUUGAGUGCCGUUGUGGGAACCAGUUCUGUGGCUUUCAUCGUUACUCAGACCAGCACAACUGUCCGUACGACUACAAAGCGGAAGCUGCGGCCAAGAUUCGCAAAGAGAACCCUGUGGUUGUCGCCGACAAGAUCCAGAGAAUAUGAGAACUUUUGGGAUCAAUCGGCUUUACACAAAAUGGACUUGAGCCCAGCCUUCUUUGAUGGACCUCAACUGUCACCAUCACUACCCAUGGUUUUCUUUCUGUUGGUUCAUAUUUCCAGCUGUUGUUCUGUGUGUGAUUUUAGUUUUUUUUAAGAAGUUGAUUGAGAACAAUUAAGAGGACUAACCAUGUUGUGGUUUCCAUCCGUUUGUGCAUUUUCUACACUGCUGAUCGUGUGCUGGCCCUGAUGGCGGCAGGGGGGAGUGAUUUUCUAAAUACGUUGAAGGUUUCCCCGACAGCUGUUGUGCUCCAUAGUAGAGAAGAUCACAUGCUUGGGCUAGCUAGAGAGGGUUAUUGCUGUUGGCUAGUGAUGCCAUCCCAAUCAUGCUUGCGCUCUGCUGGCAUGAGUAGCAAAGUGAAUAUUAGACUUUUCUUUCUUCUCAAAUUUGGCCCCUCGUUCAGAAUCAAACCCAUCAGAAAUGGUCAGAGAAAGGCAUUCUGUGUUUUCAGGUUUGUGUCACUGUCAGGUCUGUGUCAACAUCCAUGUUGCUAACAAAAUGUUACAAAACUAAAACUUUCUCUUGUGGAAAGAAAAUUGACACACACUUUUUUUUCCCCCUACCAGUGUCUGUGUUGUCAUAUGACAAGUAGCCUAAACUUGAAUAAUUAGUUUUGCCUUUGACAGAGUUUGGUCCCACUACUGGUUUCCAUUUUACUUCACUUUUGAAUGGUUUCUGCCAUUUUAAUUUGAGUUUAUCUUCUCAAUUUUGGGAAUGUUACAUUACUAUGAUGUUGAUCAAAACACAUUUUUUGUGGGGAAAAAUGUGAACAGUUGUUGACUGAGAAUAUGGGAUGAGUAGUGUUUGCGUUUCAUAAAUCAUUUUUGUGGGGAGGAGGGUCUGGCUGCUUAAUCCUUUUUUUUUUAAUCUGUUUUAGUUAUGCAGGUUUGUACAAAUGUCUUUAUUUAUAUACUGCAGUGUGUGUUAUCUUCCAAUAAUACAAAGUAAGUUGUAUGAUGUAAAUAAAAUGUGUCACAGAAAUUUCAAUGU